AUGGGUACGCUGGAUGAUGUGUUGCGGAAACAUGCUGCAGUGUUCUCUAAAGAGCUAGGAGUGAUGAAAGGCAUUGAAGCAAACGUGUCACUAAAGCCUGAGCACAAACCAAAGUUUUUCCAGCCGAGAGUGGUCCCAUAUGCUCUACGCCCAAAGGUUGAAGCUGAAUUGACCCGUCUUACUGAAAUUGGAGUCCUGUCACCUGUACAAUAUAGCGAAUGGGCAACUCCAAUAGUUCCAGUGGUAAAAAAGAAUGGAGCAGUGCGCACUUGCUGCGAUUUCAAAGUGACAAUAAACCCUUUCCUCCAAGUUGAGCAAUAUCCAAUUCCACGUAUUGAGGAUCUUUUUGCAUCCUUGGCAGGAGGACAACGUUUUAGCAAAUUGGAUCUAUCCAAUGCCUACCUGCAAAUGCAAGUCAACGAGAGCUCGCGAAAACUCCUCACAAUCAACACACAGAAAGGUCUCUUCUGUUAUAAUCGUCUUCCUUUUGGGAUUGCCUCGGCUCCAGCCAUUUUUCAAAGGGCCAUGGACCAGAUCUUGCAAGGGCUACCCAACGUACACUGUUAUCUGGAUGACAUAUUAGUGACUGGCUGUACUGACACUGAACACCUACAACAUCUUGAUGCAGUGCUUGGACGUCUGGAGGAGUUUGGCUUGCGAUUUGAGAAGGACAAAUGUGAAUUUUUCAAAGACUCUUUGGAGUACCUGGGUCAUAUAAUUGAUUCUGCAGGAUUGCACAAAUCUCCAGAGAAAAUGCGAGCAAUUGUCGAAGCACCGGCUCCCAUCAGUCUCACCCAGUUGAGAUCAUUCCUGGGUCUGAUAAAUUAUUAUGGGCGCUUCAUACCGAAUCUUGCAACCAUUCUGAAUCCUCUGAAUGCCCUAUUGUGCAAGGAGACACGUUGGCAUUAGUCUGUGGAAUGUGAAUCUGCUUUUAGGUGGGCAAAGGAACAGCUUGUAUGUAUUGACACAUUAUGAUCCCCAAAACAGCAUUCGACUGGCAUGUGACGCUUCACCCUAUGGUGUAGGGGUAGUAAUCUCCCAUGUGCUACCUAGUGGAGAGGAGAAGCCAGUAGCAUUUGCGUCACGGACUCUUAGCAAAGCAGAACAGAAUUACGCACAAAUUGAGCGCGAGGCCUUGGCGAUCAUUUUUGGUGUGCGUAAAUUCCACCAAUAUCUC